AUGACGGGGAGCGUGUUUGACUUGACCGACAUCUCCUUCUUCGAGCUCGACAGGCUCUUCGCGCAGAGUGUCCGGACGGUCAAAAGAAGGCAGCACAAGCGAAAGCGGCGAGGGCGGCAAGGUGGGGACUCCUCGAGCUCAGAACGCUCCAGGUCGCCCCCGAGGCGCGGAUCGCUGCGCAUGGGCGGCAGGGUCCUGCCUCAGACGGGUGGCUUCACCGACAAAGUGGGCUUAGUUGAUCGCACGAUCGUCGUGACCGGCAUCCCAUUCGGUGCAGAUGAGAAAAUACUCUUCAAGCACUACAGCAAGUGCGGCUUCAUCGAAGACCUCCAGAUGAUUUACAAUCGCAAGAAUGAGCCCACUGGUGUGGCGAUCAUCGAGUACUCCCAGGAGGAUCCGGUCGCUCGGGCGGUGGCCCUGACACCUCCUUUCAACGAGAUCUUAGGCACGCCUGUCACCACCAAGAGGGCAGACACCCAAGUUCCGAAGAAGGAUCCAGGCCCCAAGAGGACGUUGACGCGGCAGCAGUUCACGCAGCAAGUCCUCAGCGGGCUCACGAAGUCCGCGGACGCGCAGCCGGACAAGAGGAAGCUCCACAUCAAGAACCUCCGCCCCGUGGUGCGGGAAGACGACAUGCGCGGCAUCUUCAAACCCUUCGGAGAGUUCGAAGACUUCCUGAUGGGAACUGGCGAGUGUUGGAUUACCUUCAAGAACCACAACGACGCGCAAGAUGCCAUGGCAUCCAUGCAGGGAUUCCAACUCGUGGGCCAGGAGCUCCAGAUCACCAUGCUCUCUGUCGGCGGCGCAAAGAACGAGACGCCGCCGGAGCCGCCGAAGCCCAAGCCCUUGGACAUUAAGAACGACAGCGACUUUGGCGCAACUGGCUCCGGGCCGUCGAACGUGCACGACCGCAUCGACAUCAUGAAGAAGCUGAUGCAGUCCCACUCAGGCUCCAAAGUGCCGACCGUCGUCGGCCUGGCAGCGCCCAGCGGCAACGACUCCGAGCCGCCCACCACCAUCACGGACGUCAGCUCCAUGCCUCCAGUUCCGAAGCCCGCGAAGUCGACCAGCUGCACCCUGCUGCUGCAGAAUAUGUUCACGCCCUCCUCCGUGGACCUGGAGAAGGACCCGCGCUUCUACGACGCCAUCCGCGAAGACACACACGACGAGUGCGCCAAGUUUGGGAAGGUGAGCCAUGUCACGGUGGAUCCGCGCGGCAAUGCUGGGCUCAUCUACAUCCUCUACGAGUCACCCCAGCAGCGGCUCGCGGGUGAGUUGGCGCUCAACGGGCGGUGGUUCGAGGGUAAGAAGAUUACAGCGUCGGGCAUUGAUGACGACAUUUGGCAAGAGCUGGCUGCGCAAGGUGAGGGCGCCUCAUAG